AUGACCGAUUCUUGGGCCGAUUUGGCUACCGAAACGGUACACAUACAUGCCCAGACAAGAAGCGAAUAAUGGCCAGCAUCCCUCAUCUCCAUCACCAUCUGCUGCUUCAUGUGUGGCCCAUUGAAUGGCAGGUCUUUGAGUGUGUCUGCGAGCGCGCCAGGCCGGGCGACGAGCUGUUCGUCGUUGGCGAGAGUAAGAACCUUGGCGGAUGGGAGGUCGACAAGGGUGUGCGGCUGGACGGCACGAACCACCCUUUGUGGCGAAGCGCUAAGGUGCCUCUGCCGGUCGAUCUGCCCAUCUGGUUCAAGCUUGUACGACGAGUGCGCAAUGGACGGCAUGACUGGGAGCCAAUCGAUGGUGUGUGGAGAUGACAGACGACGAUGUCUUCUGGAUGGAUGGAUGGAUGCUUCUUUGUGGCGAUGCAUGGUCAGGCAACCGGCUCAUGAAACUCUCCGAGGUGCACAGUAAGUUGGUCACCGUCAAAUGUGUAUUCGGUGAGUGGGGAUACAGCCAGCCAGCCAGCCAGCCACACCUCACACACGCGAAGACCCUGUACGUUGGUUGCGUCGAUGUGUGUGGCCACACCUGUUGCUGCUUUAUAGGCGAGGAAGGUGUGACACUUGAGUCCGUCGCUGGCGAUGGCGGGCGGGAGGCGUCCGCCAUGGCUGCAUCUGCAUCUGUGACGGCUGGCCGCGCGAGUAGCACAUACACACGACGGCAGCAGCAAACAGACCACGACGGUGCGUGGCAUCGAGCGGACACAUGUCGAGUGACAGAGAGGUUCUAUGGUGGUGCGGUGUGUGUGUUGUUGCUUGCCUUGUUCAGGCGGUGCACGCCACACGGCGUCACCCGCUGCUGGAAGGACUACUGCAGAAUCUGUUGUCGCACAGAAGGUGAGCAAAGUAGGAAACACAGUCACACACUCAUCGCAGCCUGACAUACUGACUCUGUAUGUGCAGACGAAUGUGGGUGAGGAUAGGCAUGACACUACAAUGGACCGUCACACACACACCGAAGGUAAGACCCUCCACGCCACAACCAGGCAGACAGUACACGUAGCUGUAUGCAUCAUCCCUGCGUGUUUGCCUGCAGGGCCGCUGGCUGAGGGCUUUUCAGCCAUUCCGACUCUUCCGGCCACCGACAACGCCGCACACUGCGUCGCCAGGACCUACUGGAAGUCCCCCCCAGCAGACCCGCAAUCGCCGCCGAUGAGCCAGUCGCCACUUACACAUCAACAGCCGCAGCAGCAGGAGGCUGGGGGCGCGAGGGUCAAGAAGAAGAACAAAGUCAACAACGUGGGGAUUCAGCCCACGCAGCCACACCCUGGACCCCUGAUGCCGCCCCACCACCAGCACCCACAGAAUAAGGAUCAUUACCGUCCUGCUGCAUCCAUCGUCCCCACCGGCAGCCCCAUCCCCCGCAGCACCGACCAGCCACAGCCCCCCUCCCCUGCAGCACUCACACGCCCAGCUGGGAGCGGUAUCGAUGUCACAACCCCCUCCUCGUCUUCAUUCGACCUGGACGCCAUGUACCGAUUCGCCAUCGACGGCGAGAACGUCUUGGAUGCCUACAACGGAUGGCUGCAGUGCCUGAAGGCCAAUGUAGGCGGCCGGGGCGGCGGUAUGUUGGCUGUGGAGGCCAAAGAGAGUGUCGAGAAGGGGCCGAGGGGCGGCUUUGAGCAUACCAUCGAGUGGACGAUGACGGGGCGGGUCAACCAGACGAUUGCGGUGAGUGAAUGGAAGAGCGGAUGAGAGGUGUAGGAAAGGGUGAUGUAUUCUUUGCUCUCUCUCUCUCUCUCUGUGUGUGUGUGUGUGUGUGUGGUAAGUGCAGGUGGUUGGCGAGGGCGCCAACGAGUACGAGGCGCGUCGUGAUGCGGCGAGGCAGGUGCUGCAGAGGACAUGGCGCAUGCAGGGGUGCGAGCCCGACACCGAGGAGCUACCCCUGCUGACCCGCCGUAUGGCCAACCGCCUCCGUAAUCGGCUGAGGGCAAAGGGCAGCAUUGCCCUCAGCCACACCAGCAGAGGGCAGCACGAGUGUCGUGUCCAGUGGCGCAUCCCCACGGCAGACGAAGAGCUGGAGCUGGAGGGGCGCGGCCAUGGUCCGGCGGCGGAAGAUGCCGCGGUGCAGGCGCUCAUGAACGUCUACAUGCAGGCUUGCCAGGUGGCUGAGUGGGUGGCUGACUGGGAGAGGCCCAAGAUCCCCCACCCAAGGCCCCCAAGGAGCCUGUGGCGCCACAGCCACAGCCCGCGUCGCAGCGUUCGAGUAUAGGCAUGGGCGGAGGGCAUGUCGAAGAGGGGCAAAAGCAGAGCGGGCCCAAACCUGCAGCAGCAGCAGCAGCAGCAGCGGAGGGAGAGGGCGACAUUGACGAGUUUGCCGAGUUGGAGGUGGCAUGGAGGAGCGGCGCUGGGGGUGGCGACGGGGAGAGUAACAAGGAGGAGAGGAAGAAGAUCGAGGCCGAUCGCCUGUCAGACGAAAUGUGUGACAAGAAUCGCAUUCGGGAGGCGCUUUCGCGUCACAGAGAGGUCCGUCAGACAGCCAGCCAGCCGGCUACCAAAGGAGGCCAGCAGAUGAUGGCACACAUACAGAGAUGAUGGUGUCUUUCUCUCUUUCUCUCCCUGUAUGUGUGUGCAGGUGCAAGAGGAGGGGCGCAAGGCCAAGGUCGAGACGGCAGGGGCGUGCCGGCUGGCCAAGGUGUCCUCUCUGGGCGCUCGCAGUGUCCCUACAGCGGGGCUGGACGAGAGGGCACUUCGCUUCACGCCACCACCUGACGGUCUGCCGCCCACACCCCCUCCCAAAUCAUCGUCUCCGUCAACACCUGGCAUCCCCUUCCCGGGCCCUCUCCCCCGUGUGUCAUCCGCCGCCCCACGCAUCCCAUCGGCCGGCAGCCAUCCGGAGGCCGUCUUGGUCAGGCGCCCACAGGGCCCAGUGGAAGGAGCGACGGCGCACACCAGCCUCGAGGGAUUUACCCUCUAUCCCAGAAGCGGCGCGUACCACAUCGAGUGGUGCGGCAGGGCAGGGGGGAGAAAUGUCCGACGAGAACUGACCUGGUCAGAAUCGACCUCUUCACUUGGAAGGAUGACUUCUACGGGAAUGACGCGAGAGCCAAGUGCCCUGGGCUGGAGUGUUUUGUGGGGGUACAACCUCAGUUCGUCUCUGAGGCCCUUGAGGAGAUGCGUGAGGACGGCCUAAGGUGGAUCUACAUGCCGUCGCUGAGCCUCUACCUGGAGCUCCGGCUGCUGGCCAUCCUGCCAGCUGCCGACCCUUUGCCAGCGGUGCCACUUCUGCACCCUUCCCGUCCCCCACCCCCUCCGCCCCACACGCCCCACGGACAACACCACGGAUCCCACGCUGCAGCCCCGAAUGCAGCCGGUUGGAGGGGCGGUGCUGUGGCCGUCUCAAGCGCAGUGCACACGGCUACCCCCUGGCGAACAGGCCCGCCCCAGCCACCUACCGUCCCACCACCAUCUCUCCCUCCACAGUUUCGUGGGCUGACGGAGGGGGCCAGGCCAGCUGGCCGGUGGGGCGAUGCCGGCAAGGGCAGGCACCCACCGCCCCCACCUCCACCACCCCCUCCGCCCCCGCCAGAUACCGCGCACAAUGCCACGGCUGCUCGUGGGUAAGCGAAGGAAGAGGUGCAUGCCGCCCUUCGAUGCCCCACACUCCUUGGUGCUGUCCGUGUGGUGUGCAGGCCUGCGGACCCGUAUCUCGAGUCUGAGCUGAAGCGCGAGAGAGAGGCGCACCGGAGGGAGCGAGAGGAGCUGAGGCAGCGGCUCCAGCAGCUCGAGGAGACUAAUCGCAGGUGAGAAAGAAAGACACACAAGCAUCAUGUCAUAGUAGAACCAGACCAUGGCGGCUGUGGUUGGUUCAGGCUAUCUGCGCUGGGUAUCCAACAGCACCAGCCGUCCUCAAGGGGCCCUCCUCCACCCAAUCACCCACAAUCACAGCCACAGCCACUGCAGCCGGCCGGCAUCAGUGGGGCUGACACCAUCGUGGCAGGCGGGUGCAUCAUCUGUUUCGGCGAGCACGGCCCCGCGUCCAUCAUGUACGUCCCCUGCAGACACAUGCACAUCUGCCCCAAGUGCUACGACGACCGCAAGGACGCCUGGCAGCGGGGCCUCCCCCGAGUGAAGGCCGACAACGCCCGUCGUCAGGAGGAGAACAGGGCGCGGAUCAAGCGAGAUCAGGAGCCGCUGGAGCUGCGGCCGGAGGGCUACCUGUGCGAGCAGUGCCAGGGGGAGGUCGUGUUUGCCGGGUCGAUGGAAGAAGUGAGUCGCUGGAUGCGCCCGUUCGUGUCCCAUGCACAGGACUGA